AUGGCUACUCAAGGCUUGCGCACGAUAAUAGUUCUGUCAUUUAUCUUGGCCAUUGGCUUCUUACUGGUCAUCCUAUCGGCCGCAAUAUGGCAGCAGUACUUGACGCUCCUCGUCGUCGCAACAUAUAUCAUCGCGCCGUUGCCGAAUUGGAUCUGCAGUCACUGCGGUAACCCGGAUGACUUUAUUGAGAGCUCAGGAAACGCGAUCGUAGACUUUGGUCGCUUCUUAACGGGGUUUUUGGUGCUUAUGGGUAUAGCCCUUCCAACGGUCCUGGCUCAUUGCGGUGCUAUCGGAUACCCUGCGAUGAUAAUGUCCAUCCUUGGCGGUCUUCUAAUCUACGGGACUAUCAUUAGCUUCACUACAUUUUUCCAGGAACAGGAAGAAUUUUAA